AAAAAUGUCCAUAAAAGACCAGGAAGUAAAAAUUAAAGACUCGCUUUUUGAAUUUGUUAAAACGCAUAUUCCCGACGGAGAUCUCACCCUUAUAGACGAGAUUGUUUUAUCCUAUGUAGUGGCAGUACUGGAAGAUAUCAGUGAUGAUCCAGGAUUUGAUGUUGAAGGUUUUUGCGAAAUGAUGUCAGCCUAUUUUCCCGAAUUUGAAUCUAUAAAUCACUCCACCAUCUGUCAAUGGAUGUUUGAUUUGGAGGCAAAGUUGAGGUUGUCACAACCAGAAGAAAAAAAUAUUCUUGACUUAAACAUCUCAUUGCCUGAGGUUGCUCCAAAACCUAAACCAAGGUCCCGUGAAAAUUCCGAAAAUGUUGAUCAACCGAAACGUAUCCACAAGCUCUCCGAAAUGAGCGACGGGGGAUCCACCGACAGUUCUUGUUGUGAAUUUAACGACGAAAUCGAAAUACUGCAGGAAAUGUUUCCCAGCGUUUGUGCUAUUGAGGUAAAACACUGCCUGGCCAUCGCCAACGGCAAGCUGGACUACGCAACGCAGCUACUAAUCGACCGGCAGGAAUCUGGCCAGUGUCUCAUACCCAACAACACGCUGACGAUACACGUAAACAAAGCGACGAUCGACGAUACCGAACUAAAGAACCGCAUCAUCGAACGAUACUCGUACAUCGACAAAGAUGCCUUUAGCAAGGAGCAUCGCCCGGUAGCUCCCAAAGUCGAGCCGAAAAAACUGGUGCGCUACAGGGACAACAAGAUCGUCAGCCUGAAAGGCGAGAGGUACACCGAAGUCAAAAAGGGAGACGACGUCGAGGAUAUUUCUCUGAAGAAGAACAAGAAGGGGCACACCCCGUAACCAAAAGUUGUUGGUCUCCUCAUCUCAGCACUACUUAACCUCAUCGACAUGGUUGUGUUGGGCAACGCCGCCCGUCUGCGGCGUUUCCUGGUGUACGUUGUUGUUCUU